AUGGAUGGACGUCUGACGUCUGGUGAAUUCAUUCGGCGCCCGACGUUACCAGCCUCUGUGUUGCGUCUGUCUUCUCUUCACUCUUUAUGGAGAAACCUGCCUCUGAUAUUCCAGAAACUGUUACAGGAAAAGAGGGGAGAGAAAGAAGGAAGAAAGAGAAGGAAGAAAGAGAAGGAAGGAGGGAAACAAAGAAGGGAGAAGAAGAAGAAGAAGAAGAAGAAGAAGAAGAAGAAGAAGAAGAAGAAGAAGAAGAAGAAGAAGAAGAAGAAGAAGAAGAAGAAGAAGAAGAAGAAGAAGAAGAAGAAGAAGAAGAAGAAGAAGAAGAAGAAGAAGAAAAGGGGACAGAAUGCGUAUACGUCUACUCACUUACUCAUUCACUCACUGCACCCACAAUCACUAUAUAGAGGUACCAUUGUUAGUCUAUCAACGCAGACGAAGAGUCCCGAGAUCAGUAAGUAUGGGAGAAUGUAG